AUGUGGACGAGGCGCAGUCUGCUGAGAGCUGCGGUGAAUGAGCGGCUGGCUGCGGCUGCAGAAGAGAUCUUUGUGCUGCUGGAGAGAACUAUAGCGGAGUAUGAGGAGGAAGUGUGUCGCUCCAAAGAGGAGAACCAGAGGAACCAGCAGAACCAGAGGAACCAGCAGAACCAGAGGAACCAGCAGAACCAGAGGAACCAGCAGAACCAGAGGAACCAGCAGAACCAGAGGAACCAGCAGAACCAGAGGAACCAGCAGAACCAGAGGAACCAGCAGAACCAGCAGAACCAGAGGAACCAGCAGAACCACAGGAACCAGAGGAACCAGCAGAACCAGAGGAACCACAGGAACCAGCAGAACCACAGGAACCAGCAGAACCACAGGAACCAGCAGAACCACAGGAACCAGCAGAACCACAGGAACCAGCAGAACCAGAGGAACCAUCAGCUGGAAGCGGGGGUUGAAAUCCACUGGUUCAGAUCGAUUCAGGAAACUCCAGAGACUCUACGCGUGAGCGACGAACCCUCAGAACUGGGCCUGAAACAGGAGGAAGAGGAGGCAGAGGAGAGGCUGAAACAGGAGGAAGAGGAGGCAGAGGAGAGGCUGAAACAGGAGGAAGAGGAGGCAGAGGAGAGGCUGAAACGGGAGGAAGAGGAGGCAGAGGAGAGGCUGAAACAGGAGGAAGAGAAGCUCCCAGACUUCACUGCUGUGUGUGUGAAGAGUGAAGAGCAGUCCUCACUGAUUGAAGAAGACAGAGAGGAAGCACAGGGACAGCUCUGUGGAGGAGCAGACAUCAGCUCACAGACACAUUUACACUCAGAGACAGAAGAACAGAGACACCACUCUUACACUGACCAUGAUGAAGACCCUGAUGAAGACCAUGAUGAAGACCAUGAUGAAGACUAUGAUGAAGACUGGGGACAUCCAGGCAGCAGUUCUACUGCACAGAUGCAGACAGAGGCUGAGGGAGACCUCUACAACCAAGUCCACACACAGGGACUGUCAGGGACCGGACCCAGAGACCUGCUGUCAGGGACCGGACUGUCAGGGACCGGACUGUCAGGGACCGGACUGUCAGGGACCGGACUGUCAGGGACCGGACUGUCAGGGACCGGACCCAGAGACCUGCUGUCAGGGACCGGACCCAGAGACCUGCUGUCAGGGACCGGACCCAGAGACCUGCUGUCAGGGACCGGACCCAGAGACCUGCUGUCAGGGACCGGACUGUCAGGGACCGGACUGUCAGGGACCGGACUGUCAGGGACCGGACUGUCAGGGACCGGACUGUCAGGGACCGGACUGUCAAGGACCGGACCUAGAGACCUGCUGUCAGGGACCGGACCCCGAGACAGAGGAGCAGAGAAAUCUCACUCUUGCUCCGUUUUGGAAGAGGAGCCAGGGCCUGAUGAUGAGCAGGACCAGCAUCAGCAGCACCAGCCUGAUCAGCAGUGUGGACAGGAGCUGUGUGGACAGGAGCUGUGUGGACAGGAGCUGUGUGGACAGGAGCUGUGUGGACAGGAGCUGCGUGGACAGGAGCUGUGUGGACAGGAGCUGUGUGGACAGGAGCUGUGUGGACAGGAGCUGUGUGGACAGGAGCUGUGUGGACAGGAGCUGCGUGGACAGGAGCUGCGUGGACAGGAGCUGCGUGGACAGGAGCUGUGUGGACAGGAGCUGUGUGGACAGGAGCUGCGUGGACAGGAGCUGUGUGGACAGGAGCUGCGUGGACAGGAGCUGUGUGGACAGGAGCUGUGUGGACAGGAGCUGUGUGGACAGGAGCUGUGUGGACAGGAGCUGCGUGAACAGCUGUGUGGACAGGAGCUGCGUGGACAGGAGCUGCGUGGACAGGAGCUGUGUGGACAGGAGCUGCGUGAACAGCUGUGUGGACAGGAGCUGUGUGGACAGGAGCUGUGUGGACAGGAGCUGUGUGGACAGGAGCUGUGUGGACAGGAGCUGUGUGGACAGGAGCUGUGUGGACAGGAGCUGUGUGGACAGGAGCUGUGUGGACAGGAGCUGUGUGGACAGGAGCUGUGUGGACAGGAGCUGUGUGGACAGGAGCUGCGUGAACAGCUGUGUGGACAGGAGCUGUGUGGACAGGAGCUGUGUGGACAGGAGCUGUGUGGACAGGAGCUGUGUGGACAGGAGCAGUGUGGACAGGAGCUGUGUGGACAGGAGCUGUGUGGACAGGAGCUGUGUGGACAGGAGCUGUGUGGACAGGAGCUGUGUGGACAGGAGCUGUGUGGACAGGAGCUGCGUGGACAGGAGCUGUGUGGACAGGAGCUGUGUGGACAGGAGCUGUGUGGACAGGAGCUGUGUGGACAGGAGCUGUGUGGACAGGAGCUGUGUGGACAGGAGCUGUGUGGACAGGAGCUGUGUGGACAGGAGCUAGCUGUGUGGACAGGAGCUGUGUGGACAGGAGCUGUGUGGACAGGAGCUGUGUGGACAGGGCAGCUGUGUGGACAGGAGCAGUGUGGACAGCUGUGUGGACAGGAGCUGUGUGGACAGGAGCUGCGUGGACAGGAGCUGUGUGGACAGGAGCUGUGUGGACAGGAGCUGCGUGGACAGGAGCUGCUGUGUGGACAGGAGCUGUGUGGACAGGAGCUGCGUGGACAGGAGCUGUGUGUGUGUGGACAGGAGCUGUGUGGACAGGAGCUGUGUGGACAGGAGCUGUGUGGACAGGAGCUGUGUGGACAGGAGCUGUGUGGACAGGAGCUGUGUGGACAGGAGCUGUGUGGACAGGAGCUGUGUGGACAGGAGCUGUGGACAGGAGCUGUGUGGACAGGAGCUGUGUGGACAGGAGCUGUGUGGACAGGAGCUGUGUGGACAGGAGCUGUGUGGACAGGAGCUGUGUGGACAGGAGCUGUGUGGACAGGAGCUGUGUGGACAGGAGCUGUGUGGACAGGAGUGCGUGGACAGGAGCUGUGUGUGGACAGGACUCUCUUGGCACUUCUCGUCUGCUCCUUCCUGCGCUCCAGUGACUCCUCUCUGCUUCGCUGA